AUGUUCAGCUCCAGCGCCUACCGCGAGUGGCUUUCCACUGGCGAUGGACCAGCGUCGUACCCGAAGCAUACGUUUAAUCCGACCGCAAAGCCGUUUGUGUGUCCUGUGAAACGGGCCGAGGCGAUGUACGGCGGGGACACGGCUGGCGAUUCGAAGUACACUUCCGACAAGGCCAGGAAGGCCAGGAUUGCCUUCGUCGGACCGACGAGCGUCCCGGUCAACGCGCGCAUCUGGAACACCGUUGGUCGAACGUCCCCGGAUCCGGUUUGCCCCGUGCAAAGUCAACUACCGUCGGGUAUGAUUCCGACUUGUAACGGUCAUUUGAAGAUGUACAUGGAGCCAGCGGCACAUUACGCCAACUGUCCCGCUAAUCAAGCAUCGUUCGGACCGACUCUGCAUCCUGACGGCUUCUUACAAUUGAAUCUGCGUGAUGGCAUCAUGGUGGGACUGACGUUGAACUCACUCAAAGUGAUAAACAAACGGAUGAACAUUGCUAUUUCCGUGUCCGGCGACUCGACGACUGUAGCCAUGAGUCAUCCGAAUGGAAUUAUUUACCAGUAUGGCGCCCAGGUUGACAUCGUGGCUUGCGAUGCGAAGAAGAGUAACCACUUCAUUCGCUACGCCAGAAUGUGGCACAAAGGCAUCAGCUUCACCAGCGAUCGAUGCGCCUUGAUCUAUCUUGUCGAUGCGGCAGGCACACGAACAACCUCGGAAACAAUCACCAUGGAUCUGGAAGCAGAUUAUGUGAACCAGGUGUUCUACAACGGUGCAGCUUGCAGCACGCAAACCAUGGCGGAGUUAAGCCUCUUGCAGCGUCAUGCAAGCUACCACCUCACCGGCGAUGGAGGCUUGGUGUACCAGAUCCAUGGUUACCGCAUCACGCAGGCCAACGACGGCCAGGUGAAGCUGGUGAAUGCCACGAAGCAGUGCAUCAUCCGGACUAGUCCGACCAACGGUUCCGCCACGGUCACGACUCCCAGCAUCCAUUGCACCGCCUCGCUCGGUGCGACCUCUCACCUCUUCGUACGAUGCGAGGAGAAACGCAUGCACUUCGAUGGUGCGGCGUUCGUCGUGCGUAACGCUGGCCAUUCGGCCGGAUUCGAUGAGAUCAAUCGAUUGCGCGUCUACUGA